AGGAGGUGUUUUUCACUUUAAGAGGAAGCUUUUCUUCUCUCUGUCUCACAUCAGUCUCACAUCAGGACCCAGCCUGUCAGCUACACAUAUCAUAGAUCUUAUCUUCUGCUCUGAGGUGAGGUACAGUAUGUCUCGUCUGGAGAAGGCCAUUGUAUCCAUGGUGGAGGUGUUUGAGGAAUAUGCUACAAAGGAUGAUAAGAAUCGCCAGCUUAGCGGGACAGAGCUCGCAGAGCUGAUGAAGAAAGAGCUGGCCAGCUCAGAGUUCCACGGAAAGGUGGAACCAGCAGUGCUCCAGGAGGCGAUGACCAACCUGGAUAAGAACCACGAUGGGGAGAUCAACUUCAGAGAGUUCUCCAUGUUCUUGGCUACUCUGGCCAGGGGCUACUACAGAGCCAGAAACAAGGGCAACAAGGGCAAGCCUGAAUGAGGGGCCAAAAAGAACCUGUUGACAGGUGUGGCCAGUAUCGAGACACACACAUACUGCUUUUCUAUGAUGAAAGAGAGAAAAUGAUACUCUUACUGUAACUUGUAUGGUGCUUUAAAGAUGUUGUCUUCUCAACUUA